AUGGUUUUUGCAGGUUUUAAUUUCGGUUUUAAGUUCGACUUUGCAUCUGGUGUCAAGUUCGUCAAGGCAUACAAUAACAAACGACAAAACCAACGAUAUAAGAAAGUUUUAAAGCUAAUUCAGAGGGCAUGCACUACUUUUCUGUGGACUGGCUCUUCUAUUGCUUCCAGGAAAGCCUUGGUAGCCUGGGAUUAUUUGUGUUUACCGAAGUCUUCAGGUGGGUGGAAACCCACCUGUAUGAAAACUUGGAACAAAGCGGCCAUUGGCAAACUUCUUUGGAAUUUGGCACAAAAGAAAGACAAGGCUUGGGUUCGAUGGGUCCAUGAAUACUACAUUAAGGGGAAAAAUAUCACUCUCAUGAACACUCCUUCUCAAGCUUCAUGGGUUGUGAAGAAAAUCUUUGAUUCUGUCAAGACACUAGUUGGUUGUCCUAAUGGUCUUUCCUUCCUACAGAGUCAAAGCUACUCAACAAGGAAGGUUUAUUCUGAGUUAAGAGGUUAUCUACCUGUGACAGGUUACUUAAAUUUGGUGUGGUCUAUGACCAAACUUGCUGCCUUUGCAACAAAGAGAAUGAAACCAUUUCCCACCGUUUUUUUCUCUUGUGAGUUUUCUGCAACAAUUUGGAAUUCUGUGCUGUAUUGGUUUGGUGUUAGCAGAUGCUCCAGCUCUUGGCAUGAUGAAUUGGUUUUUUUGCAAGCCCGGUUUAACAAGAAUACAGGUUUGCAUCAAGCUUACAGAAUGGUGUUGAGCAUCUCUAUUUAUAUCAUUUGGAGAGAACGAAAUUAUAGGAAAUUCCAGAAGUCUUAUCAAGAUUGGCAGGUUCUUUUGAAGGAAAUUAAGGUUAUGGCUUUCACUUGUAGCUCUCUGAAGCAGAAAGUUCAUUUAGCUUUACCGUAG